AUGAAAAAUAAAAAAAUAAAAUUCAAAAGAAUAAUUUAAGCUCCAAAUUCAUAUUUCAUGGAUAUAAAAUGUAUGAAUUGCUAAAAGGUUUAAAUGAUUUUUUCACAUGCAUAAUCUACUAUUCUUUGUGAAAAUUGUUCUGCCAUAUUAUGUAAACCAAGUGGAGGUAAAGCUUAAAUUACUCCAGGAUGUGCUUUUAAAAUUAAAAAUUGAGAAAUUUAAUAUUACAAAAAAUUAUAAUAUAAUCAAAUAAUAAUUAUCGAUAUUACAAAUAUUUGAGUUUUAUACUUUUUUAUA